UGUGUACCCGAGGAGUCUCUUUACUACUACGGCAACGGGCAGCUACGGGUACGGGUUUUAGAGAAUACGGCGCAACGACGCAAUCGAAAUUUUGUAUAGUACAUACCUACAUUGAAUGAACACGAAGAAGCUUCGGACUUUUAAAAAUGCGCGAUAUUUUAUCUAACGUUUAUUGUACGUUACUUUUAUAAAAAUAUUAUUAUUUAUAUUCUAUUAAUUCUGCCGAUUAUUUUCAGUCAGUUAUAGUUUUAUUCCGCUGAGUUUUAUUUAAAAGUUUAUUGAAAAAUACAUAACCUUUAUUUUAUUAUUUGGUGAUUGUCAGAUGUAGGUUAGGUGUAUUUUACAACGAAAUUUAUUUCGUAGACAUUUAACCAUCUUUUUCAAUAUUUUAAUUAAUAAUUGUUACUUUUUUAUCAACGAUUGUGUGUAAAAGAAAACGAGUGAAAAAUGGCAACGUUAGCUGAACAGGCAUCAAAAUUGCUGGACUUUGGCCAGAAGCUGGACAUAACGCUUCUCGACAGUAUUGUCGCGUGUAUGUAUGGUGGAAUUGGUGAACAACAGAAAGUCGCACAGGAAGUCCUUAAUACCCUUAAGGAACAUCCUGACGCUUGGACGCGGGUUGAUACUAUUUUAGAAUAUUCUCAGAAUCAGGAAACAAAAUUUUAUGCAUUACAAAUUUUGGAGCAAGUUAUAAAAACAAGAUGGAAAGUACUACCGAGAAAUCAGUGCGAGGGUAUAAAGAAGUAUAUUGUAGGAUUGAUUAUUAAGACCAGUAGUGAUCCGGAAAUAAUGGAUAAAUCCAAAGUUUACCUUCGUAAACUUAAUAUAAUUCUUGUACAAAUAUUAAAACGUGAGUGGCCAAAGAAUUGGGAAUCCUUCAUCGGUGACAUCGUAGGUGCAAGUAAAACAAACGAAAGUUUAUGUCAAAAUAACAUGGUAAUUCUUCAACUGCUAUCAGAAGAAGUAUUUGACUUUUCAAGCGGACAAAUGACGCAAACAAAAGCAAAGCACCUUAAAGAUACAAUGUGCAGUGAAUUUUCGCAAGUAUUUCACCUCUGUCAAUUUGUAAUGGACAAUUCGCCAAACGUACCACUGGUCGCGGCAACCCUCGAGACACUGCUUAGGUUUUUGAAUUGGAUACCCCUCGGCUAUAUAUUCGAAACAAAGCUAAUUACAACGCUGAUAUUCAACGAGUGGUCAUGGAAAAAUUUAAACACGCUUUGUUGGGCCAUCGGUAGUAUUUCCGGAGCGAUGCACGAGGAAGAUGAAAAACGCUUCCUGGUUACUGUAAUUAAGGAAUUACUCGGUCUCUGUGAGCAGAAAAAGGGCAAAGACAACAAAGCCAUUAUUGCGAGUAAUAUUAUGUACGUAGUGGGUCAGUAUCCCCGGUUUUUGCGUGCUCAUUGGAAGUUUUUGAAGACCGUUGUCAAUAAAUUGUUUGAAUUUAUGCACGAGACACACGACGGAGUCCAGGAUAUGGCUUGUGAUACCUUUAUUAAGAUUGCACUAAAAUGUCGCAGACACUUUGUGACAACCCAAGUCGGCGAAACUAUGCCAUUUAUUGAAGAGAUACUGUCAACAAUAAGCGGCAUUAUUUGUGAUUUACAAACUCAGCAGGUUCAUACAUUCUAUGAGGCUGUUGGUUAUAUGAUUAGUGCUCAGGUUGACGAUAUUGGACAGAAGGAACGGAUUGAACGUUACAUGCUGCUGCCAAAUCGAGUGUGGGAUGAUAUUAUUAGUCAGGCAUCUAAGAAUGUCGAUGUCUUAAAGGAUCCAGAAGCUGUUAAGCAGCUCGGUAGUAUUCUCAAGACGAAUGUUAGAGCGUGUAAAGCUUUAGGACACCCCUAUGUUAUACAGUUAGGAAGAAUAUACUUAGACAUGUUAAAUGUAUACAAGGUAAUGAGUGAAAAUAUAAGUGCUGCGAUAGCUUUAAAUGGUGAAGGUGUAACAAAUCAACCCCUGAUAAAAAGUAUGAGAGUUGUUAAAAGAGAAACAUUAAAAUUGAUCUCCGAUUGGAUUAGCAGAUCGAAUGAUCACCAAAUGGUUCUCGAAAAUUUCAUUCCACCUUUGCUGGACGCCGUGCUGUUGGACUACCAGAAGACAAAUGUACCGUGUGCGAGAGAGUCUGAAGUACUGAGUGCUAUGGCGACGAUUGUUAACAAAUUAGAGGGACACAUUACCAGCGAAGUGCCGAAAAUAUUCGACGCUGUGUUUGAGUGCACACUUGAAAUGAUAAACAAAGACUUUGAAGAGUUUCCCGAACACAGAACAAACUUUUUCCUUCUACUUCAGGCUGUUAAUAUCCAUUGUUUCCCAGCUUUCUUAUCCAUACCCCCGGCACAAUUUAAACUUGUACUUGAUUCAAUAAUAUGGGCAUUCAAGCACACGAUGAGAAAUGUCGCUGACACGGGUUUGGCUAUUCUUUAUCAACUGUUGCAGAAUAUUGAACAACAUGAACAAGCUGCUCAGAGUUUCUAUCAAACAUACUUUACUGAAAUUCUACAACAUAUAUUCAGUGUUGUUACUGAUACUUCACAUUCAGCUGGUUUAACAAUGCAUGCAACUAUUUUGGCGUAUAUGUUUACAUUAGUUGAAUUGGGAAGAAUUCUUGUACCACUUGGCGCAAUACCUGAUAACAGAGUAUAUGUACAAGAAUUUGUAGCCAGCUUAUUAAAAGCAGCUUUCCCACAUUUAACAGAUAAUCAGAUUAAAAUAACUGUCCAAGGGUUAUUUAAUUUGGAUCAAGACAUACCGGCAUUCAAGGAACAUCUUAGAGACUUCCUUGUACAAAUUAGAGAAUACACCGGUGAAGAUGAUUCUGAUCUGUAUUUGGAAGAACGUGAGUCGGCCUUACGAACCGCUCAGGAAGAAAAAAGGCGGCAACAAAUGGCUGUACCGGGUAUUAUUAAUCCUCAUGAAAUGCCAGAGGAGAUGCAGGACUGAAUUUUUACAUCCCCAUACCUCAUUUAAUUCCUCCUGCACAUCUAAAACGAAAGACACUUUGUCAUAGAUAAACAACCAACAACAUCAGUACAUAAUUACGAUCAGUUCCUUUUCUUUUUUUCACUUACCGUCAUCAAUGUAACAUUUAAUAUCAUUUAUAACUAAACUAAAUAUAAAAGGUUUUACAAAACUAUGGUUGCAAAACGAAUACUCGUGGUAAAUUGAACAUACGAGUGUGUAAUGACAUCCUUGUUGAAGGAGGUAAGCCCGAAAUAACGUGAUUGUUAUUAAAAAUAUAUAUUUAAUAAUGAAAAAAUUUUUUGUUUGUUGAUGAGUGCCUGAUUUUUUAAAAAUAAUUCCACGUGAUUUACAUCCGUUUUCAUAAUUAAAUAAUAGUAUUUGAGUAGUUUAAAUUUAAUUGAUAAAAAAAAAACAAAUUAAAUUAAAUAUCAAAAAGGAUAUAAAAGCACCAGAUAGAAUUAAGGUCUACUGCCGCUCGAAAAUCUGUUUAAUAAACAAAAUGCUAAUGAAUAUUUAAAAAUAAGUUGUGGUGUCUGGAUUUAAAAAUAUGCGUAUUUUUAAUAAGAUCAGAUUAUUAAUUAAUUAAUUAAUAAUGUCUGUGAUGCGUUUAUAUUCCUUUAAUUUAUUUCAAAAAAUAGUUUAUAAUAAGAAUAAUUUUUUGUUGAUUUGCAGUUUUU